UUAGGCCGAAACCAGCACAAGUGCCCCAAAGCAAACACUGCAGCGAAAUAUAAGUUUCGACGGGAGGCACCACCACCCAGAACCGAGAUCCCUUUCCCUCCUCCGGACUCCACUCUGCUCUGCUCUGCUGCUCUCUGGCUCACCCACACGCAUCACAAGCUACAGCACGCGCGCAGUUGGUGCGUCUUUUCUCCUCCUCCUUCGAUCGGUUCUUCCCCGUCACUUCAAAGGCACCAACCAACCAGAGUGGGGAGGGGAAUCAAGGAACCGAGGAAUCUAGAGCGAGAAGCAAGGUACUAGAGACUUACGCUUCACAAAAGUGAGAGCAGGAGGAGGCAGGGACCAUUAAUUUCUUGAUGCCGGGUUUGGAGUUGAUCAUGAGGUUUCCGGGAGCAAAGCCAUAGGGCCCCUGAGCCUCGGGUAAGCUGAGCCUGGCUAAUUGUGUCCCGGAGGAGGAGAGGGAGAGGGAGAGAAGAUGAGCUUUAACAAGAGCAGGGGAGCAGCGGGGCUGGGCGUCGGAGGGGAUGAGCUGCUGUUCAGGGGCACCAUCUCCAGGAAAUGGACCUUCAUCCUCUGCAUCGGCAGCUUCUGCAUAGGCCUCAUCUUCACCAACAGGAUGUGGACCUUGCCAGAACCCAAGGAAAUCAUUAGGAGGUCAGCGCUACAAGUGGACAAAAUGAAUCUCGUCUCUGGUGAUUGUGCUCAAAAAAGUAUUGUCGAGCGAAUAAAUGUUGUGGGAGAGGUCCCAAAAACUCAGGAUGCUAUACAGACAUUGGAUAAAACAAUAUCAAACUUAGAAAUGGAGUUAGCCUCGGCGAAGGCGACACAGGAUUCCAUGCUCAACGGCGCACCACUGUCGGAAUCAACAGGGAAAAGGAAGUAUUUUAUGGUCAUUGGCAUCAACACUGCAUUCAGCAGUCGGAAACGACGAGACUCAGUUCGUGCGACAUGGAUGCCUCAAGGCGAGAAAAGAAGGAAGAUGGAGGAAGAGAAGGGCAUUAUCAUUCGUUUCAUCAUCGGGCAUAGUGCAACAUCUGGUGGCAUACUUGAUAGAGCAAUUGACGCAGAGGAUAGAAAACAUGGUGACUUCUUGAGGCUGGACCAUGUAGAAGGGUACCUUGAACUUGCCGCAAAGACCAAAUCAUACUUCUCCACAGCAGUGUCAACGUGGGAUGCAGACUACUACGUUAAGGUGGAUGACGACGUACACGUCAAUAUAGGUGCGUUUAACAAUUGCCGACAACUUCAUCAUACAAUUUUUAAUCUCACUUGUAAUGAAAUACAGAGAUUCAUGAAUAUUGCAGCAACUCUUGGAGGCAUAUUGGCUCGGCAUCGUUCGAAGCCUCGAGUUUACAUCGGGUGCAUGAAAUCCGGUCCGGUCCUUGCUCAGAAGGGUGUAAGAUACCAUGAGCCUGAGUACUGGAAAUUCGGCGAAUGGGGAAACAAGUACUUCCGCCAUGCGACCGGUCAACUGUAUGCCAUCUCCAAGGAUCUUGCCUCUUACAUCUCAAUCAACAAGCAUGUUCUUCACAAAUACGCUAACGAGGAUGUAUCAUUGGGAGCCUGGUUCAUUGGAGUAGAUGCCGAGCACAUCGAUGAACGUCGGCUGUGCUGCGGCACACCGCCAGAUUGUGAAUGGAAGACGCAGGCGGGCAAUGUGUGCGCUGCCUCGUUCGACUGGAGCUGCAGUGGGAUCUGCAAAUCGGCGGAUCGGAUCAAGGAGGUCCAUCAGCGCUGCGGGGAGAGUGCGAACGCUAUCUGGAAUGCAACCUUCUAAACUGACCAAUCUCCAUACCUUUUGCAAUCCUGAUCCUGAUAGAAGGAAGGCACACAAGGUCCAUAUACAACACAUGCUUUAACAGAGGGUGGGCAUCCAUUCCAAGCAUUGGAAUAUCUCAAGAUAUAGUGGAGAGAAAACAAUUCGUUGGUGGCCGAUUCAGAGGGCAUAUCAAGAUCAUGAGAUGAUUGUACACUCAAGUGUACAAGGAUGACCGACAGGAGGAGCCUUUUUGUUUGUUUUUCUUUGGUGCGUUGGGUUAGCAAUAGUAGUACUACCUCUGUCCAACAAAGGAUGUUUUAAAUUUGUCAAAAUUUGAAUGUAUCUAGACAUGACUUAGUGUAUAGAUGAAUUCAAAUUUAGUCAAAGUUGAGACAUCUUUUGUUGAAAGGAGGGAGUAUUAAUUUUCUGUCCCUGAAAUAACCUUUAAAGAUGACAAGGCAGUGAAGAGGGUUGAUGAGGAAGAGAGAUUGGAAGGAGAGGGAGAUUGAGAGGGCUCUCCCCCCACCAUUCCUGGAAAUGCUCAUCAUCGCUAGUACUGGUUGCUACUAUCAAGCAAUGUGAAGUAAAUGUUUUUCUCUCUGCUUAGCUUGUUUUUCUUUGGCGAACAGUCAAUCAAUAAUACUGUACUCUUCUAAAGAUCGCAA